UUAGAUUCAGUUGAGCAUAAACAUUCCUACGGUGUGGUGGUAGAAUUAACCCAGUCUGCGCGUCGAACGACUAAGCCAUUUAGUAAUAUUUUAUAUGAACAAUUUGUGAAGCGAUCAUCGUUGAAAAGUGUCUUUGGAGAGUGCCACAAGCUGCAGCUUCUACUCGAUCGAAGCUGAAAGCCAACAAACAAAGCUCCACGAACUUCAAAGCAAAGAUCGAAAGUGUUUUUUAUUCGGCUUGAGCGCAGCAUGAGAAAUCCUGCGGCAAGUCUUUGACAGAGAGCCUAACGUCCAAUCUAUAGUCCAGUCUAUAAGGAACGAAGCUGAAAGUGUUUGCAGCUUAAGUAGCUCAUUGAGAAGAUUGCUUAAAAGGGAGAAACAACAACAACAGAGGAGAAACAUGACGAUGAACUACAACUACUACAAUGGCAGCUCGCGCUUCGAUAUGGCCGUGGAGAUAGCCAAUAUCGCGUUGGAUGAGUUCAAGACCCAUCAUAUCUCACGCAACUACACGGGCCUGGUGCAGCGCUACUACCAAUUGGUGGAAGAGGAUUAUGGCGAUCCGCGCGCGGAACGCUUCCACCUGAUGGACCAUCCGAUGUUCACCUUCGGCCUGGUGGCCAUCUACCUGUCUUGGGUGCUCGUUCUGGGCCCCCUCUUCAUGCGCGACCGCAAGCCCUUCCAGCUCCGGCGCACUCUGGUCAUCUACAAUGCCUUCCAGGUGGCCCUCAGCGGGUAUAUGUUCUAUGAGCACUUAAUGGCCGGCUGGCUGAACUACUAUAAUCUGAAGUGCCAACCGGUUGACUACUCGGAUGGUCCCAUGUCCAAGCGGAUGCUGAACCUGUGCUACAUUUACUACCUGUCGAAGCUGACGGAAUUCGCCGACACCGUGUUCUUUGUGCUGCGCAAGAAAUCCUCACAGAUCACCUGGCUGCACGUGUACCAUCACUCGGUGACGCCCCUGGAGACCUGGGUGCUGGUCAAGUUCCUUGCAGGUGGAAAUGCCACAUUCCCCAAUCUGCUGAACAACUUUGUGCAUGUGUGCAUGUACUUCUAUUACAUGAUGUCCGCCAUGGGUCCCGAGUACGCCAAGUUCUUGUGGUGGAAGAAAUACAUGACCGAGCUGCAGAUCGCUCAGUUCGUGCUGUGCAUUUUCCAUACGAUACGCGCCCUCUUCAGCAACCAGUGCCAGUUCUCCAAGUUCAUCUCGGCCCUCCUGCUGCUGAAUGCCUCCAUAUUCUUCUGCCUCUUCAUGAACUUCUACAUGCAGAGCUACAAGAAGUCCAAGGCGCUACAGCAGCAGCAGCAGGAGAAGCAGCAGAAGCUCACGGCAGCCAAGGCAGACAGCAACAACAACAACAAUAACCAUAUGGAAAUGCUGACACAGAAGCUGAAGGCCCACUAGAAUAGAAGAGGAAGUACUUCCAAGGAUUGCUCGAAAAGGGAACAAAUUUUUUGCAUACUCGUAAACUGGACAAAUUGGUGUUGGCAACAGAACAAACGUUGGAAGUAGUUUUGGUACAAAGGUUUUAACUUACGCUAAGCUUAAGCUUAAGAGCCAUAAAUGCACAGAUAGACAGACAGACAGACAGACAGACGCACACGGAUAGAAGGAAGUCCAGCCAGAAAGCCACAAGUAGAAGAAGAAGUCAGAAGACAGCCCACCUGUUUGCGGUGCGGUGCGGGGCCCAAUGCGCAAUGCGCAAUUCAAUUAUUCAAUUCAAUUCAAUUCAAACAGACCCCUACCCUACUCUACCCAGCUAGCUUUGCUUGCUUGUUUCGCUUGCUUCGACGGACAUCCGACCGCUUCGUCCGUUCGUUCGUUCGGUGAAGAGAAUGGCUCUCUGGUUAGCAGCAGUCGCAACUGUAUUCGUAAUCGUAACUGUGUAACUGUACAUGAAACUGGGUCAAUUUUCAAGAUCUGCCUAGGCCGUAAGUCACCUAAUUCUAGACCUAAACCUCACGAACGUAGCGCGUUUAGUUUUUAAUCGAACUCUGCGCUACCCCCGAUAGUGCCUAAGUAAGUGUUAAUUGUAAUUGUGUAUAGAUGACGAUUGACGAUUUGUAAAUAGCCUGUUAAAUGUUAAAUGUUAAAUAUUUGUAGUCCGCUAAGCCACCUAGCCUAAGCAAACUAGUCUAACUUACAACAUGCGCGCCACUCAAUAUUGAGCAGCACGACUAUAAAGCGAAGACAAAUAAAAGCGAAGAAAAGAUACAU